UGCAUGCGGACGGUCUCCAUCAGUCUUCAGAGAGGAUUAGUUUUCCGUUAAUGACGGAUUAAUGAGCUUCACAUCGGCGAUAAAACUCGGAGAUUUAUUGUGUGAUUAUCUGUGAAACUUCCGGAGGAGUCUGUCUGAGUUCAUCCGAGCUCGAGUCUGACGUGAUGUCAGUGCAGUGAUGGCUCCGCCCCAAAGGAGGCGUUCCUUCGGCCCCGUCUCACCCAAAUACAUCUACAGGAGCCUGUCACUCAAACUAAGGGGCGGGGCUUCCCAAUGUGAGGCGGAGCAUUCCGAUUGGAGGAGGAGGCUGAGUAAAGGACAAGCUGAUUUCUGGAGUCUGUGGGAUGCACUGGAGAAUGAAGACACACUCGGCGUCCAGCAUCUGUUGUCCAGAGAGCAAGCGACGGACACACACACACACCGACGAGUGAACCGGAUGACUGAACUCGGCCUGGUGCCGCUGGAUGUGGCUCUUCUCACCCAGAAUGCCUCAUUGCUGAAGGUGCUGCUGAAGGCCGGAGCCAAACACAACCCUAACUUGAUCUCAGCCUCUGAUUGGUCGUUGAAGCUGGAUGAGCUGGUGUCAUUAGCUAAGCAGAAGCUGGAGGAGUGGAGGGCGGAGCUUCAGGUCAGAGAGAAGGCGGAGCUUCAGGUGAGAGGGAAGGCGGAGCUUCAGACACACACAGACGCACAGAAGAACAUGGAGCAGUGGAGACGCCGCCGAGAGCUUUACCAGAACAUGAGGGAGAGAUUCAACAGGACGACUCCGCCUCCUCCACCCGCCGGUGCCGCCCUGCAGGUGACAGGAGACAGCAGUGUGUGUGUGCGGGUCAGCGAGCCUCUCGGUCACACACACGGACUCAUCAGCAGAUACAGAGUGGAGUGGAGCUCCGCCUCUUCUUUUCAUCCUCUCUGUGGCUCCGCCUUCAUCAGUGACAUCAGAAGCCCAGAGCUCAGCAUCACAGGACUGCAGACUGGUGUGCAGUAUUACGUCCGGGUCAGUGCGUACAACGUCAGAGGCUGGAGUCCGGCUCAGAGCAGCAGCCCAGUGUGUGUCGCGCCCUCCAGCUGGAGCUCGUGUGGUGGAGUUACAGUGAGGUCCAGGAAUCAGGCUGCAGCCGUAAGGAGCAUCAUACAGCAGAUCAGAGAGACCAGACCCAACGAGAACACAGGCUCAGGAAAGAGAGUGUGUGUGUCUCGUGGCCUGAAGCAGCUCUUUCACUCCAGCAGCCGGUGUGUGUGUCGUUUGCAGAGAGGAGUGUACCUGUCCUGCGUCCUCUACCAGAAGGACGGUGUGGUGUUGUGCUGUGAUGAUCAGCUCCCCCUGGUGGAGGUUCAGAGCUGCUCCACAUCCAUCACUCAGGACCUGCUGUGGCUCGCCAAGCUGUCGUGUGCAUGGCCGCAGGUGUCUGUGCUCCAGCAAUCUUCAUCUUCAUCUCUGAGCUCGUCUUCAUCUCUGCUGCAGAACAGACUGAGUCUUCUCCGGGCCGUCUCUCAGCUGCAGGCCUGGCUUGGCUGUGUGGAUCUGGGACAAGUGUAUUACGAACCGCUGAAGGACAGACAGGGAGCCGUCCUACUGGUGACCCUGAGAGAGGUCACGACCCCGCUGACCCUGACUGACCCUGCGCUGCACUGGACUCCCAUCAGCACACUGGAGCAAAACCAGAGCCGCACACCACUGCUGCCCGAACCCAGCGCUGUAGAGCUGCUGCACACACACCUGAGGGAGAUGUUGUCGUAUCACAGGAGGAGUCUCCAGAGAGCGGCGUCUGGUCUGUAUGUGUGUGUGCUGAAGCUCUGCAGCUCUGUGGAUCAGCUCAGGGUUCUGGUGCCGCACCGAUUACCCAACAUGCUGUGCCACUCGCGCGUGAGGAACUGUCCGCACGUCACACGGGAGGAGUGGGCGUGGCUACAGAGACAUGCCAUGGGCGGAGCUUGCGAUGGUCCAGGGGGCGGAGACCAGUGUGUGAUUGACAGCUCAGGUGUUGAGGACUUUGUGAAGGAACUGAGAUCUGCAGUGACUCAAUUAUUCACUAAACUCAACGUUCCGCUGCACAGGGCGUGUGAGUACCGUGUGUACACACAGGAGCUGGUGCGGGCUGGAGAUCAGCUCUCUCUGAUCGUUCUUCUUCCUCCCAGUGAGGACUGCAGGAGCGAGCGGUGGAGGAGUGACGGCCAGCGCUUCACACUCCCCCUGCACAUCUUUGAGCUCGUGCAUCUGUGUGUGUACGAGCAGCAGCUGCUGUCUCUGUACUGUGAGGCGUGGCUCAGACUGGAGCUGGACGUGUGUGUGUGGCAGCAGGCGCUCAGAGAAGCUCUGGACAGCAGAGAGACGGCGGACGCAGAGGAGAGACUCACACACACCACACAGCUCACACAGAGUCUGUCCUCUCUGUGGCGGGAGAGCCGGUGGCUGAUGGAUGUCAUUCAGGCCCUGCGCUCCAAACACUGUGAGGGGGCGGUGCCUCUGGGGCGGGUCAUGACCUCUCGACCUCAAAUCACAUCAGCCUCUGCAGAAGACACGCCUUUUUGUUUACAUACAGCAGCCCAGGACAAAGACGGUGCUGGUCUCUUCUGCUCUGAUCUACUUUAUGGGUCAAAAGACAAAUGUGUAAACAGGGUUGCAGACGGAGACAAUCUUACAGACGGGGUCGCGGACAAACUUACAGACGGGGUCGCGGACAAACUUACAGACGGGGUCGCGGACAAACUUACAGACGGGGUCGCGGACAAAAUUACAGACGGGGUCGCGGACAAACUUACAGACGGGGUCGCGGACAAACUUACAGACGGGGUCGCGGACGAACUUACAGACUGGGUCGCGGACAAAAUUACAGACGGAGUCGCGGACAAACUUACAGACGAGGUCGCGGACAAACUUACAGACGGGGUCACGGACAAACUUACAGACGGGGUCACGGACAAACUUACAGACGGGGUCACGAACAAACUUACAGACGGAGUCGCGGACAAACUUACAGACUGGGUCGCGGGCGAAAUUACAGACGUUGUCGCGGGCGAAAUUACAGACGGGCUCGUGGACAAACUUACAGACUGGGUCGCGGACGAAAUUACAGACGGGGUCACGGACAAACUUACAGACGGAGUCGCGGACAAACUUACAGACGGGGUCACAAACAAACUUACAGACGGAGUCGCGGACAAACUUACAGACUGGGUCGCGGGCAAAAUUACAGACAGGGUCGCGGGCAAAAUUACAGACGUUGUCGCGGGCGAAAUUACAGACGGGAUCGCGGAUGAAAUUACAGACGGGGUCGCGGACAAAAUUACAGACGGGGUCACGGACAAACUUACAGACGGAGUCGCAGGCGAAAUUACAGACGUUGUCGCGGGCGAAAUUACAGACGGGGUUGCGGACAAACUUACAGACGAGGUCGCGGACAAACUUACAGAUGAGCUCGUGGACAAACUUACAGACGGGGUCGCGGACAAACUUACAAGCGGGGUCGCGGACAAACUUACAGACGGAGUCAUGGACAAACUUACAGACGGGGUCAUGGACAAACUUACAGACGGGGUCACGGACAAACUUACAGACGGGGUCACGGACAAACUUACAGACGGAGUCAUGGACAAACUUACAGACGGAGUCAUGGACAAACUUACAGACGGGGUCGCAGACAAACUUACAAACGGGGUCACAGAUGAGGUCAUGGACUGGGUUAAAGAAAAGCUCACAGAGAAAUGUGUAGACAGGGUUCCAGACAAAUUUACAGAUGGGGUCGCAGACGGGUUUACAAACGAGGUUGCAGAUAGGGUUACAGAUGGGGUCACAGACAGGGUUGCAAACAAAUUUACAGACAGUAUGACAGAUGGGGUCAGAGUCGGGGUCCUGCACUCACAGUGGUCCUCCUCAGCCUGUCCUCAUGCGACCGGCCUCCAGCACGGGCGCUGGUGUCCUGAACUCUGCCAGUCUCCCUCUGCAGACCCUGAACAGCAGACUGACCGCAGCCCAGACCUGCUGUCUGACAUGAUGGAGCUGCUGCAGCACCUGGAUCUGCUAGGGGAAGGUCUGUUGGAGCUGCUGGACCCAGAGCCGGCUCCGGAGAUCCAGAGCAGUGCAGCAGCAGCAGACGGGGCAGUUCAGCUGUCCGCCAGCAGAGGGCGGCCCGUGCGGAGUGUGGUGGAGUGGGUCACUUCAACACACCAGCAGCCCUGACCACACACCCAAGGCCGUGUCCACACUAACAGGUUUUCGUUUAAAAAGACAUUUUUCUCUCCGUUCGGCCUUUCGUCGACACUGAGAUGAUGUUUUUAGGAAAUGGAAACAUCUUUUUGAAAAGUGAAUUCAUUUGAAAAUGGCGUUUUGGACUAGGCUUUGGAAAACCGUGACGCACUUUAGUCCUGAUGCAGUCAUGUGACCAAUGCACAGGGUGGACAACAGUGUAAAGCAGAUCCGCUGGUUUGCCAGCUUUAUUACAGAUUAAUGUCAGUUUGCUCCAUAUUUAAAGGACCGGGAAUGUUUACAUAUUCCAUCAUGUUUCAGAGAUUUCCUUUUUCCAGCUGAACAAUAACAAAAUAAAGCCUGCUGGAUUCUGAUUGGCUGUCAAAGCUAAGCCAAUAGCAGGACUCCCUUCCAAUGAACACACAGUUAUGAUCAUUUAUAGUGUAUUUGACUAACUAAACCUUAUAAAAGCAUUCACUUUUU